AGGAGGUUUUUUUUUUUAAUGAACUCCGAAAGUAAAGAUGCAUAAAUUAUCUAAAUAGUAGUGUAUAUGCUUCUUACCUGUUUCUUUAUACAUUGGCUUUUGUUCCCCACUCUAUGCAAAGUAAAUUUCAGAUUGUGAAACAUGAUAGUUUAACAGGUGCUAUGUAACGUUUAACAAAGACGUUCGUGAUCUAGUUACACUCGACCUAUCCUCCCUCCAAGAGAGGUGGAGCCAGAGUUAGUGGUAAGAGUUAUAAACACAGACAUUAGUCCUAUCUGAUCAUAAAACACACGCCAAAAAAUCUCUGGUAGACAGUAGACUCCACUCAGAAGACCUCACGGCGAAAGAGAAAGGGACACUGAUCUGUGUCAGCUUCAUAAAAUUCUUUCUCUUCGUGGUGUGAUUUUACGAAAAUAGCGCUCAAAAUUCGUUAGAAAUGUAUAGAUCUAACUGUAGUCUUAAUCAUCAACAGAUAAACAUAAAAGUAUUAUUUCUUAUAAUAAUAAGUUUCCCGUACUAGAUCUAUAUCAUUUAUUGUCAUUGCUCUAAAAAGAUCACUAAGUCAUAAUGCAUAAUUUUGUUCAAAAAAUAAUAAUAAUUAAACAUAACAUGUAUAUCUAGAUGCGUGUUUCAUUUCAUUUAAUUCAUGCAUAUUUGUUAUCAUUAUUUCGCUUUGCUUGGUGAGUUAAUAUAUUAAUUAUAGAUCUAAUUGUUAACAUAUAUUUUUUAAUUAAUAAUUUCAUAAGUAGAAAAAAAAGAAGAAACAACAAGUUCAUCAAUUUAUUAAUAACAUUUUAUUUAGACCUUCAUUUCAGUAAAUACACUUAAAAAAUCAUAAGUUGACAGCAUAAGAACAAAAACUCUCUUUAAAAAAAGUUAUUGAAAGUUCAAUAUAGGUAAGGGAGAUAAAUAUUGUUAACAAACAACACUGUGGUCGGCAAAGCAAUGAAUGGCAAAGUUGAUGGCCAUGUCAAUGGCGGCGGUGAAUCUCAACAUGAGAAAAUUGUCAUUUUGGACGCUGGAGCACAGUAUGGGAAGGUGAUUGACAGGAAGGUGAGAGAACUUAAUGUUGACUGUGAUAUUAUGCCCCUGGACACUCCUGCCUAUGUCAUCAAAGAAAAGGGAUACUUGGCAAUUAUAAUCUCUGGAGGUCCAAGCUCAGUGAAUGACCCAUCUGCUCCUGAGUAUGACCCUGAUAUAUUCAAAUGUAGUCUACCAGUAUUAGGCAUUUGUUAUGGAAUGCAGAUGAUGAACAAAGAGUUCAAUGGAAAAGUUCAGAAGACCACAACCAGGGAGGAUGGACAGUUUGACAUCACUGUGGAUGUUAGUUGCACUCUAUUUAAGAAACUUGAUGAAAAGCAACAUGUUCUUCUAACACAUGGUGACAGUAUUACACAGGUGGCUGAUGGAUUUAAGGCUGUGGCACACUCUGGCUCUAUUGUUGCAGCUAUUGCCAAUGAAAAGAGUAAACUCUAUGGAGUUCAGUUUCACCCUGAAGUUGACUUGACAGAGAAUGGGAAGAAAAUGUUGAGCAAUUUUCUGUUUGAAGUGUCACAACUGAGUGGAGACUACACCAUGAGCAGCAGGGAGGAGUCUUGUAUCAAGUACAUUAAGGAGACAGUCAAGGAUCACAAAGUUUUGAUGCUGUUGAGUGGAGGCGUGGACUCCACUGUUUGUGCUGCCCUCCUACACAAAGCUCUAAGUGAGGACCAAGUAAUAGCCGUGCAUAUAGACAAUGGGUUUAUGAGGAAGAAUGAAAGUGACCAAGUGGAACAGUCACUCAAUAAAAUUGGAUUAAAAGUUCGAGUGAUCAGAGCCUCUCACACAUUCUACAAUGCCACAACAUCUAUACCGAUAGACAAACAAGAUGGUGGGUCACGUAAAAGAAAAACCAACACACUGAACACAACUACAAACCCUGAGGACAAACGUAAAAUUAUUGGAGACACUUUCAUGAAGGUUGCUAAUGAGGUUGUGGAUGAGCUAAAUCUAAAACCUGAAGAAAUAUAUUUAGGUCAAGGAACUUUGAGACCUGAUUUAAUUGAGAGUGCUUCAGCUUUGGCCAGUGGAAAUGCUGAUGCCAUUAAAACACACCACAAUGAUACAGAUUUGGUGAGAGAAUUGAGAAAUCAGGGACGUGUUGUUGAACCUUUAAAAGAUUUUCAUAAAGAUGAAGUUCGAGCUAUCGGAAAAGAUUUGGGGCUUCCUGAGGAACUUAUACACAGACACCCAUUUCCAGGUCCUGGGUUAGCUAUCCGUGUUAUCUGUGCUGAUGAGCCCUACAUCUGUAAAGAUUUUGCUGAAAACUCUGUCAUGCUUAGAAUAAUUACAAGUUUUUCAACUUCCUCCAAGACACCACAUUCCCUGCUGAACAGAAUCAGGUCAAGUUCUUCAACAGAUGAGCAGGAGCAACUGAUGAAAAUUACCUCCCAGUCGUCUCUUAUGUCAUUGUUAUUGCCCAUCAAAACUGUUGGAGUGCAGGGUGACUGCAGAACAUACAGCUAUGUGGCCGCACUGUCCUCAGAAGAUGAACCCAAUUGGGAGGAGCUAAUGCUUCUGGCUAAAAUAAUUCCAAGAAUAUGUCACAGUAUUAAUAGGGUUGUAUAUGUAUUUGGUGGACCUGUCAUUCAUCCAGUGGAAGAUAUCACACCCACUUUUCUGACCACUGGGGUGCUAGCAACACUCAGACAGGCUGACUAUAAUGCUACAAGAACAUUGGCAGAGGCUGGUCUGUCGGGCUCAAUAUCACAGAUGCCCAUUGUGUUAAUCCCUAUUCACUUUGAUAGAGAUCCCAGCAUGCACCUUCCAUCCUGUCAGAGGUCUGUUGUGAUUCGAACCUUCAUCACCAAUGAUUUCAUGACAGGUGUCCCAGCUACGCCAGGGAAACAUAUACCUGUCAAGCAUCUUGAAAAGAUGGUAGAAAAUGUGUCUCAGGUACCAGGUAUAUCCAGAGUGCUCUAUGAUCUGACAGCCAAACCACCAGGCACAACAGAGUGGGAGUAGGGUGGUCAUUGGAAUGUCCCACUAGCCCCAGUACACCUAGUUUUGUGUUGUUGUUUGGAUUAUAUUUUUCUAACAAAAAAAAAAGAGUUAUUAAUGUUCUUUAAAAGAGUGGAUUUGUGAUACCAGUGUUUGAUUUGUCAUUUCUCUCUUUGUUGUGGCAUUUUAUUUCUUUACCAUGGCAUUACACUACAGUCAUUUAGAGUGACAUUUCAGUCAUCUAUCAUGGCAUUUCAUGUCAUUAAAAUCUUCCAUAUUGCAUUACCGUACAAACUUGGUCCUUACCAUUUUUCUUACAUUCUAGAAUUCAGAUUUUAGCUUGCUGAUAUUAUUUGUUUUCAACAAACUAUGAUAUUUAGAUGUUGACGCUUUACUGUGAGUCUGUCCACUGUGCCUGUCCACCUGUGAGUUUAUAGUGUCGAUUUCUCUUUAUCUACUUUGGUAUAAACUCAUACUUUAGUUGUAUAUAAACAAGAAUUCACAAUGUGUGUAAAUGUUCAGUCUUCUAUUAAAGGGAAAUCAAAGGACUUUUUGUUUCUUUUGUAUUCAAAGGAAUUUAAGCCUUGCUGAGACAGUCACCUUCUGAAUGGGUUUUACUGAAUAACAUAUCAAAUUCUUAAAGGGGAAAAACACUUUUUUUUCCCAUCUUAUAUCACAAUGAGACAAUUAUAUUGAUAUAAUAUUUCUUAAUUUUUAAAAUGAUGUUUUCAACCUUGUGGUAGUGUUGUUUGGUUGUGCUGUUAGUGUUAUUUGUUUGUGUCUUUGUGUCUUAGUUUAGAAACCUUGGGGCUCCUACUCUAUUGUGAAUCAAUUGAUAUGACAGUAUUAGAUAAUGUUAACCUUCUCUUGUUGUUGAUGAUCUUUCUCUCCUUACCCAAAAUCUGGUAUUUAAGAAAAUUUAGUUUGGUGAUUGUACAGGUUGUCUUAGAGAUACCAAAGUAGUGCUAAGUAAUAAAUAUCAAGUGAUACUCUCUAAGAAGAAUUGCACAUUGAGAUGUCUUUAAUCUCUAAACUAAAGUCAAACAUUUACUGCUGAAAGAUUUUUUUUUUUCAUAUUUUGAUUACAAUUUUUUUUUUGCUGAUGUUUUAUAAUUUAAAAAAAAAUGGCAGACAUUUUAUUGCACUCUAUUUUUUUUAAUGAACUAAUUUGGUGGUGUUGUUUUUUUGUUAUUACUUUGUCAUGUUUCAACUGCAUAAUUCUCAGACUAAUUAAAUAUGUUUCUCAAAAAAAGAAAAAAAAACUCUACUUUUUUUGUUUGUAAAUUUAGAGGGACAAUUUUUGUUGGUAAAAUAAUAUUUAUUAAAGAAAAAAAAAAGGAUAUCUUAGAAAAUAUGUUUAAUAUCUUUCAUUUUAAUAAUAUUAUAAGUCGAUUUUUAUUUCAUAUAAGAAAAUUUUGUUGGAUCUCAGUUAAUUACAGUUGGAUUAAAAACAGAAGUAUUAGACUUGAAUCUAAUCUAUCUAUCUCAACUAUCUCAAAACUUUUUUUAAAACCAAAACAUAACACAUUAAAUUGCUAGUGUAUUGAAAAUAUGAAUUUCAUGUUUUAUUUAUAAAGAUAUUGAAUAAACAUUAAAUUGGUUGCUGCCAUAUAUUUUUUAAUAAUUAAAAAAUAUCUUUUGCAAACAAAAUCUGUAUGUGCUGGUUUAAUGUGAUUCAAUAAGAACUUAUAAAAUUAUAUCCUCAACAAUACCUGUCGUUUUUUUGGUGAGUAGUGUGAGUUAUUAUUUCGCCAACAUUGCCAGCUGUUUUUUUAAGUAAUUAGCUUGAGCUCAUAAAGACAUUAUUAUUAACAAGCCAAAACAAUUGUAGCUUGCUAUUAUCAACAUCAAGUUAUUGGUUACAAAGGUGUUUGAUAAGUCCCACCUCCUGAUUCAAAUCAUCAUGUUUAAUAUUCAAUGGGCACCCAUUGUUCUUGAAUUGGUUUUAUAUAAUGUUCAGUAUUAUUAUUUUUCCCAUUUAGUUUUUAAUUAUGAAGUCUUUUUGUGUGUCUGCAUUUAUUGAGAUGUUGCGCUGUUGUUAGAUCAAGGUGUAAUGCAUAUAUCUGUAUAUUGAAACUUUUUUUUAAAACUAUGCUAUUUAAACAACCAAUUAUAUCUAGAAAUAAUAAACAGAAAUAUAAUUAGGACAUUACUGUCAUCAUCUGUGGGUAACAUUGUCCAUUUCUAAAGAUAAAUCAGCUCUCCAAAGUAAAUUCAACUUUUUUUUUUAUUUACAAGUACAUAUACAUGUAUGGGUUGUGAUAGCUGAGUGGUAAAGCAUUUGGCUUCUAAACUGAGUUGUCUCAGGUUUGAAUCUCAAUGAAGACAGGAAUUUUGAAUGCUCUAAUAGAUGCCUGACAUUAGUUGGGGAAAGUAAAGGUGGUUGGUUGGUUGUUGUACUGGCCUCUUGAUACCUUUGUUAACCAUUGGCCACAUCAUCUGCCCUUUAGAAAGCAAGGUCUGAAAGUUGUACUUUUUUUUUAUACAUACAUCAAUGACUGGGAAGCCAAUUAUUUCAAGUCUCUUUCUACCUGUCCACUGUCAGUCUUGGAGAGGAUGAACAACCCCUGUUCAGUCUUAGUUUUUAACUUUUUUGGUCACUUUUGCAGUAAGAUUUUCCUUUUUUUAUUAGACUUUGUAAAAUGUCAUCAUCUUGAAUUUCUCAUGAGAUCAGGGAGUUUAUUUAUGUUUGUAAUAUCUGCAUCACUGUGUUUGUAAUGCUUACAUCAGUGUUUGUGCAUUACUCUUGAAUCAUGGUGGACAUUUAAAUGCUUUCAGUGUGAUCUAUUUCUUUCAAGUAAAACCAAUGUGUAAUUAUUUUAUUUUUUAAUUUGAUAAAUUAUGAAAAUUUUUGUUUUCAAGGUUAUUCAAGGCUAGUCUAUACAUGUCAGACCAUCAUAGUCCAUGUAGGUGCAAUUCAUUCCAUGUAAAAAAAAUAAAAUUUAAAGCAAUUUGAUCAUAACAUUAAGUGAAAUUAUUGUCUUAAGAAUUUCUUUAUAACAAAAAUGGACUACCUAUUGAAGUUUAGUCAGAUUUCUUGAUUACAAUGGGAAUACACAGAACCCCGUACCAUGAAAUCUUACCUUUUUUUUUUAGCACAUAGUUUCAUUUUGCCAAUUUAAAAAAAAAUGUAGUGAAUGAGAGAAUUUGAAUAUUCUCAAGAAAUAGAGCUGUCCAGCAAUUUGUACUGCUCAACUAAAGAAAAACUUCAUUGGAAAAUUGAAAACAUAGAGGACAUGAAGUAAUUGAAAGCUGUUGUCUAACCUUUUUUCACUUUGAAACCUUUUGUAUUAGUCUCAUCAAAGUGAUCCAAUGAGGUCACUAUAAACUCAGCACUAAACAGGCCAUCAUCUUAUCAUCUUUUUCCUCUGACAGUGUCAAGUUUGUUUUUUUAAUCCCUAGAUGUGUAUAAUCCAGCUCAAGGGACAUAGUUGUUGGUCCUCCCCUAGCACUGUGCACAAAACUUCUCAUGUCUCUUCUAAUCAGAAUUUAUUUCAAGGAAAAGGUUAUUCUUAAGUAAUCUGUGUCAACUUAUUCAGAUUUUUCCUUGCACAAUUUGUAUAUGGUUCAAAAGUUGGCCACGUUUUUUCCAAUUUGUGUACUAAGAAAAUAGAUUUGAAAGGAAAUAUUUCUAUUUACAUAUCUGGCAGCUAGAACAAUGUGGCAUUUAAACAAAACUAUUGUUCAAGAUUUACAAUAUUUUAAGGUAGUUUAGUAGUACUUGUUUUGUUUUUUUUGUUUUGUAAGUUGAUAGCCAAGAAAAUACAAUAAAAAUAUUAUGAUUUA